ACGUGCGCUAUUUCUUCGUGGUUUGAACCAUCGAGGAGCUGGCGAAGUUGGUUCGAAGCAUCAACGAGGAAGAGGAAGAAGAAUAAAUUUGGAACAAGUCAAACAGGAUGAAGGGGGUCGGCGUUUGCCUGUUGGUCUCGUUGAUGCUUGUCUUGCUGGCGAUCAAAGAUACAGAGAGCAAAAAGAUGAACCUCGACGAACUGAAGAAAUCCAUCAAGAACUUGAGGAAGCCUUGCAGCAAGAAGAACAACACCCCUAAAGAGCUUCUAGACGGCCAACAUAACGGUGAAUUCCCAAAAGACGAGAAGUUGAUGUGCUAUAUGAAAUGCGUUCUGACACAAACUAAAGCUAUGAAAGGCGACGAAAUUAUGUGGGAUUUCUUCGUGAAGAAUGCUCGUGUUAUGAUCCUCGACGAAUAUUUUCCACGCAUUACACAUUUAGUUGAAACGUGUAAAAACGCAGUGACGGCUACGGACGGGUGCGAAGCUGCAUGGCAAUUUAGCACAUGCACCUAUGCAACAGAUUCGGAGCUUUAUAUAAUACCGUGAACAACUCGUUAAUGACGGACUCACAAGAUCAUCGAAGAACCAAGAGAAAUUUCCAAUCGCAAACACCUCGGCAUCGUCAUCUCCGUCAUCGUCGUCGUCGUCGUCGUCGUAGUAGUCGAAAAGUAGCAGUGUGUAGACAUAGCCGAAAAAAACCACAAUGCAGAAGGGUUUAAACUAUCCAAGUCUUAUUCUAUAAUCGAUCAUCGAUCAAUGAUAUCGUGGGUCUGGGAGCGUACCGAUGAUACGUCAGCUAUUUGUCUAGAAAAAUUAACUUUCGAAGUUGACCGAGUUCUCGAACGAUACGAUUCGAUAACUUAAGAAAAUGUUAUUGUACGUCAAAUAAUAUUUAAUUCUUAUAUUAUAAAACCGUUGUUUCCUCUGUCUUUGACAUUACGUUAAUUAUCGAUAAAGAUAUUCCCCGAAAUGAAUAUUUUCCGAAAAAAUAUAACUAUGCUCGAUAAAAUAAUAAAAACUAGAUGACAAUAA